UUCCGGAGGGAGAAAAAGAGAGGACUCACCAAGCCGGGCGACGUACCUCCGCACUAGGGGCAGCUCUACUUCCUGUUUCUUCUGCCUGGCGGAAAUGAGUGGAGCGGAAGGGAAGAGGAAAAUAGUGCUCCUUUCCGGUAUGGGGUACAGUUGAAGUAGCUACUAAGGAACGAGGAGUCGUUUGUGAGGAUGACACGGCACGGCAAGAACUGCACUGCAGGAGCUGUCUACACCUAUCACGAGAAGAAGAAGGACACAGCGGCCUCAGGCUAUGGGACCCAGAACAUCCGACUGAGCAGAGAUGCCGUGAAGGAUUUUGACUGCUGCUGCCUGUCUCUGCAGCCUUGCCACGAUCCUGUCGUCACCCCAGAUGGCUACCUGUACGAGCGAGAGGCGAUCCUGGAGUACAUUUUGCACCAGAAGAAGGAGAUCGCCCGGCAGAUGAAGGCCUAUGAAAAGCAGCGAGGUGCCCAGCGGGAUGAGCAGAAGGAGCUGCAGAAGGCAGCGGCCCAAGACCAUGUGCGUGGCUUCCUAGAGAAGGAGGCAGCCAUUGUGAGCCGUCCUCUCAACCCCUUUAUGGCCAAGGGUCCCGCGGGGACCAGCCCAGAUGAUGCUCAGCCUGGGCCCAGUGCAGGACCCUCAGGAAAGGACAAGGACAAAGUGCUGCCCAGCUUCUGGAUCCCCUCACUGACUCCGGAGGCCAAGGCCACCAAACUGGAAAAGCCGUCACGCACAGUAACCUGCCCCAUGUCUGGGAAACCACUGCGCAUGUCGGACCUGACACCUGUGCGCUUCACGCCUCUGGACAGCUCUGUGGACCGUGUGGGGCUCAUCACACGCAGUGAACGCUACGUGUGUGCCGUGACCCGUGAUAGCCUGAGCAAUGCCACGCCAUGUGCUGUGCUGCGGCCCUCUGGGGCCGUGGUCACCCUUGAGUGCAUAGAGAAGCUGAUUCGGAAGGACAUGGUGGACCCAGUGACUAGUGACAAGCUCACAGAUCGGGAUAUCAUCGUGCUGCAGAGGGGUGGCACGGGCUUUGCAGGCUCUGGAGUGAAGUUGCAGGCAGAGAAGUCGCGGCCAGUGAUGCAGGCCUGAAUGUGCACACGGGAGACCAAAUAAACAGGCUCGGAUAUGUCAUCUGUGAUAUGUCAUCCAGGCUAGAGUACAGUUGCAUGAUCAUACCUCACUGCAGCCUUUGAAUCCCUGGACUCAAGCAAUCCUCCUGCCUUAGCUUCUGAGUAGAUGGGACUACAGAUGCAAAACACUUUUUCG